CCCCCGACCGCGCGUGCUCGCCACCCGAUUGGCCGGCGGAGCGUCGCGGGUAUAACGCUGGUGCGCGUCGCCUGAGCCGCACGCCGCCGCGCACUGUCUCUUUCCAACGCACCCGAGCAGUCAACUGAACGGCAGCCAACCAAGCGUCCCAGCCGGUCACGGGAGGCGCCGCCGCGUGGGUGGGCGUCCCGGGAGCAGCAGGAACGAUGCAGUCGCUGCAGGACAAGGCGUCGGAGUGGAGCGGCGUGGCGGCCGCCGACGCCUUCGCCAUCGACGAGGUCAACGUCUUCGAGGCGCUCGGCGGCACCCCGCAGCCCUUCGUCGACCUCUCCACCAACUUCUACACCAGGGUUUAUGAGGACGAGGAGGAGUGGUUCCGGAAGAUAUUCUCGGGGUCCAAGAAGGAGGACGCGAUCCAGAACCAGUACGAGUUCUUGGUUCAGCGGAUGGGCGGCCCGCCGCUAUUCUCCCAGAGGAGAGGACAUCCUGCCCUGAUAGGACGACAUCGGCCAUUCCCAGUUACCCACCGAGCUGCGGAGCGAUGGCUGCAUCACAUGCAGCAAGCUCUGGAGACGACAGAAAGCAUAAACCCAGAUACAAAACCCAAAAUGAUGAAUUUUUUCAGGCACACUGCAUACUUCCUUGUCGCCGGUAAUGAGAUGACAAGGCAAACGCAAAGUGUACCUCCCUGCAAGCAUGCAACGAGCAAACCAGCCGAGUAACCGCUCAAACUUAACCGGUUGAAUAACGAUUUCAGCUCCCGUGUUCCUAAUAGGAUUCCCAUGUUCAAUGGGAUCAAGCUUAUUUAUGCAUUAUGCAUUAUAGGGAACGACACGCCUGAUGUUCUAUGGGCAGCAACACUUGAGCAGAGAGCAUCUCAAAAUUGAUAAAUUGCUUACUUGAAAUGGUUGUACUUCCUCUUCUCUCUGGGUUUGUGUUUGAGGGCACAAGUUCCUAUGCUGUAUAGGUGCUGAACUGCUCAUGCUAUUCUAUCCAAUGCUCUUAUCAGUUAAGCAUGGCAUUUCAACCCAGCUUAUUAAUUUUCCUUGAAAGAUAAA